CUAUCGGAUCGCGGGAUGCAAUACGCAUCCAAAUGAAAAGAACGCCAGUCCUUUCGCUAAUCCGUGUCUAUCCUUUUUAUCUCGGGACUCAUAGCAGUCCGAUCACUAUGGGACAGCGAAGCGGUGGGACAAAGCAAUGCGGCUGAUAUUCCUGUAAAUGAGAGAAAAGAAUAAAGUCUGUUUGACUUUAGUGGGCGCGAACCGGGCGCAUGUAGCCAAGUUGCGUAUGCGUGAAAGUGUGCCAAAAUGUUCCUCGUCCUGCUCCUGGGGCUCUACGCGGCUACAGGUGAACUUUUCUCCCCGGUGAACUCGUGUCCGUCACAGUGCAGCUGUUUUUACCACAACUUGAGUGAUGGAUCAAAGGCCAGGAGCGUGAUUUGCAAUGAUCCCGAGAUAUCGGUUGUGCCUGUCGGGUUUCCCUUUGACACGUCCAAGCUGCGCAUUGAGAAGACGGCCAUUCAGCGGAUACCGAGCGAAGCCUUCAACUACCUCUCCAAUCUCGAAUUCCUGUGGAUGUCUUUCAACACACUGUCCGCCUUGAGCCCGGACAGUUUCCGGGAACUGCUUAACCUGGAAGAGCUUCGUCUGGACGGGAAUGCCCUCACCGCCUUUCCCUGGGAAUGUCUCAUGGAUAUGCCCAGUCUCAGACUUCUCGAUUUGCACAACAAUCAGCUGCCCUCGCUGCCAGCGGAGGCCACGACUUACAUCAAAAACCUCACCUACUUGGAUCUGUCAAGCAACAGCUUGCUGACCCUGCCGACGGAGGUGCUGACCACCUGGCUGGCGGUGAAACCCGUCCAAGGUCCAGAGAGCUCCAAGUUGAUACUUGGUCUCCAUGACAACCCCUGGGUGUGUGACUGCCGGCUCUACGACCUGGUCCAGUUCCAGAAGUCUCCGACUUUUUCAGUUGCAUUUAUUGACACGAGGCUGAGGUGUUCAGCGCCGGAAAGUGUAUCAGGGGUACUGUUCACUGACGCAGAGCUGCGGCGCUGUCAGCUCCCUCGUAUUCACACAGCCGUGGCACGCGUUCGGAGCGCUGUUGGGAACAACGUGCUGCUCCGCUGUGGCACCAUUGGAGUCCCGAUCCCAGACCUGUCAUGGCGCAAGGCAGAUGGGCAACUCCUUAAUGGAACAGUCCAGCAGGAAACAUCAAAGGAGGGAAUCACCUGGUCCAUCCUGCGUGUCCCAGCUGUGUCCUACCAGGACUCGGGGAAAUACAUCUGCAAGGCCACUAACUACGCUGGGAACGCUGAAGCUGUCAUUUCUCUCAUUGUCUCUAACUCACCAAAACCAGAGGGGAACCAAACAAGCAACGAUAAGAAAGCCAAAGUCAAGAAACCCAACCCGGUGGGGAAAGCUGCCUACCAGGAGAAACUGGUGGCCCGAUAUGUGGUUCCAACCUCCACCCCUUCGUCACUCUCAGCCCUGGAUCCAGGCCUUCCACCUGGUCUUGUUGCUGAUCUUCCACCAGGCAGCUACAGCCUACCUGAUAGAGCCACCCCAGGCCCCGCCACCCCUUCCAACCCAGAAGCCCUGCUGGAUCUGGAGAAGACUAAUCUGAGCAACCUGGCGGCCAACACGUCAUCGCUGCAGCAGGACCCGGACAGGUUGGUCCGCUCAGUAAAAGUUGUGGGGGACACAGAUGAUACAAUAUAUUUGAACUGGAGAGCCCCUAAGGCCAAAAACACAACAGCAUUCAGUGUGCUGUACGCUGUGUUUGGAGAAAGGGACAUGAGAAAGAUCAAUGUUGGGGCAGGACAGAACCGCGUUACCAUCAACGGGCUCGUGCCCAGGACCAAGUACAUUGCCUGUGUGUGUGUGAGGGGGCUGAUCCCCAAGAAAGAGCAGUGCGUCAUAUUUUCCACGGAUGAAGCGGCGAGCGCUACUGGAACCCAGAGGUUGAUCAAUGUGAUCGUGAUCACAGUGGCCUGUAUCAUCGCGGUGCCGCUCACGGUCAUCGUGUGCUGCGGGGCUCUGAAGAGACGCAUUCAGAAGUACUGGGGAAAGAAAUCCAAGGAUAUCCAGGAUUCCUACGUGACCUUUGAAACGCUGUCACCUGCCACGAAGGCCAAAGGGCUCGAGGGGGAGUAUCUGAACAGACUGAACCCAGAGGAGUCCAACCGGCUGCUGUCGGCUCGCUCCAGCUUGGACUCUGAGGCAACAGCCAAGAUAGAGGGACAGCCUAACGAGUACUUCUGCUGACAUCAUGCUCCAGCUCCGGCUCCUACUGCACGCCAUCUUCCUCGCACGCACCCGCAUCCACGUCCCAUUCAGGCGGCUAAUACCCAUUCACAUCCCCAUCCCCGACCCCAACAACACCCACACCCGUAUCCCCAUCACUGCCCGUACGCUCACUCCCAGCAAUACGCCGACUUCAGUCCCCCUCCCACGCGCUCCCGUACGCCCACGCCAUGGGAUUCCCCCCCACCCGUCCCCCCUCGCUGGAUCGUGCCACCAACUCCACCGCCACAGAGAACCAACUUCUAUCAAAGGACUUUUGCACGCUGCACUAUAAUGGAAAUAUCCGUUUAGAGGAAUAUUUAACAUAAUAAUUAAAUUGUUUUUUUUCAGACAUUUGUAGAGUGACAUAUGUGUUCUUACAGAUGAAGUGGCACUCACUUCUCUGACAUACAUGUAUCCAUGCAUUAUGAGUAAGACAACUUGAGUACAUGCAUAUGUCUGUACAAAUGUUUGAUCACUAAGCCUUUGAGAAAAACAAUAUGUCUAAAAGGUGAAAGAGCAAAGCAAUUGUGGUAAACUGUUUUUCAUCUCACUUGAGUGCAACCGGGAAGAAACCUCUGCAACCUGAUCCGACUUAAAGGGAGCUCAUUGGUAGAUUCUAUUGCAUCAUUAAUGUAUGUGUAUGAGUUGUAUAUAUUUACUGGUUGAUGUACACAUAUACAGUUAAGUCUGUGCCUCUGUAUAUAUCUAUCAUAUGUUCCCAGAGAAGAUAUACACAUAGGCAUGGUUCAACACUCUGGUGUAUGGAGGAAAGCCGGAGCUGGAGAGAAGUACAGAAAGGACUGUACUAUGAAACUGCAUAAAUAGGGUGGAAAUGAGGAUAAAUGAAAUGUUAAUAGAUUUCUAUUCCCAGCAGUGAGACACAAAUGCUGAAAUAUCUUUAUGUACCUGUUUUGUGAAAC